CUUAAAUCGAGCUAGACGGAUAUAACUCCUUUUAAUCCUUAAUCUCCAUAUAAACUUUUUUUUCUUCUCUCUCUUGUCCCGCACACUCGUCAGCUUUGAAUUGUUGUUCCUCCUUCACGUCCAGCAAACUACAAGCAUUGGGAAGCGGGGUGUUGUUCAAGUUCUUACUCACUCACUCACUUACUUACCUUUCCGAUCCAUCACUUUGCAUCCCAAGACUGACCUAUCAAAACCUUUGUACCACCGCACAACCAUCAGCUCAGCUGUUUCCCGACUCUUCGAGGCGCUUUGGAUUCACCGAGUUGGGCAUCCUCUUUGGACAUCAACGCGCUUGCCAUUGAUUUAUCCGGCUUGCAGCCAUCCCGGUUCUGAAGCAAUAUAGACGCCAGUCGGCCGACCUCUUGUGUCUCGCAACUGUGGAGGGAAAACAGUACGCUGGAUAUAUAUUCGUACAGUUUCCCUGACUCCCCGAGCCUCUAUAUGCUCCAAUCUUCAACCCUUUUUGAGUUUCGUUAAGCUUCAAUAAGGUUGAUAACGCCUUUGUCUACAUCGAUUCAGCACCAGCGUGGCACGGGACGGCACGGCACGGCAAGCAAGCCACCAGGGGCAGUUUUUACCAAGAUGGACCAAAACUCCAAUGGCGGGACUCAAGAAGGUCCCAAAAUCAUCCGCCCAAUCCCUCGACGACCCUUCAGCCUAGCAUCACCACCAACCAUCUCUCGUAAGGAUGAGUCUCCCUCCCCAGCUCCUGGAAGAGACUCCAACACUUCGCCCCAACCACGCAUCACAGCCGCCGACCUCCGCUUCCUCCUGGACCCUCGAUCUCCCUUCAACAGCAGCGCUUCCCCCGCUGGCAGCGGCGCCGUCACCAGCGGUCUUGAUUCAUCCAACCUCAGCAGAGCUACCUCCUUCCGGAACCUAACCUCUUCGACUCUCUUCGGCAUCUUCUCCGACCCCGGUGAGCUCGGGAUGGCCGCCACCACACCCAGCGUAGGUCGGUCAGCAUCGAACCUACGCCAUGGACUUUACUUUGGCAAUCAACUCCAGGAGGAAACUGAGGACGAAGACAACGUACUAGGCAUUGCCGGGGACGCAAGGGACGAUGAAAAUGAUGAGGACGAGGACGAGAACUACCAGGAGACCAUCACCCUCCGCCCCAAGCGCCAACGACGAGUUUCCUCCAUAACAUCUACCAUCCCCCCCCUCAGAGGCGAACCCUCAUCAUCAGAUAUCAACAGCGGCAAUGGCAACCCAGUAAUGGGCCUGCUCUGGUCAUUACUCCGGACAACUCUCCUCUUCGCUCUCGGCGCAGGCUACGGCGUGCUCGUGACUCGCUUGCCCAACGGAGAUAGCGUCACGGGCGGCUACGGCUGGCGGUACCUCACCUUCUGGGGAGCGGCCGGCGUAGUGUUGGGCAGGCUACUUCCCUGGUUCGAUCAAGUAUGGGAGGAAGCCUUUGGAAAGAGGACUAGGAUGACCAAGAAAGAGAAGGAGAGGCGACGAGCUGCUGCUGCUGCAGAGGCCGCCGCCGCUCUGUUGCAACAAGCUCCUCCAUCGUCAUCAAGGACUUUUCCAAGGAAGACACCAGUCACCACCACCCUCCCCGUUGAGACGGAUUCCAACAGCGGAGGCGUCACCAGCCCGCCCGAAGCGGACUGGCCCCUCGUCGUCCGCAGCAUCGGCGCCUUUGUCGGCAUCGUCUUCGCCAUCCGCCGUCUACCUUGGGCCUCGACCAUGCAAGUAUCCAUCACCCUGGCGCUUGCGAAUCCGUUCCUGUGGUACCUGAUCGACCGCUCCAAACCCGGGUUCCUUCUCAGUGCCGCCGUGGGCGUUACGGGAUCCGCCAUCCUGAUGGGGUUGGGUAACCCCGAUAUGAUGCCUGCACCCGUGGCUGGAGCUGGGUAUCACGACCAUCAUUUUCUGACGACGAGCGGGCAACCUGCGAUGGACGUGCUUAAUGGGACUACAUCCGGGUUGCCUCGGAGCGCAGCAGCGGCGAGGAUGAGCGGUAUGGGAGGGGCGAGCAGCGAAAACGCGGCCGUCAUUGAGACGGGUAUUUGGAUGCUCAGUGUGCUGUUUUGCAGUUGCGUGUGCUUUGGAAACAUUGGGAGGAGGUUGGCGCUGAAUAAGUCGGCUGCUUCCAGGGGGAGAUGGGGUGGUGUUAGGUGAUUUCGUCAUUGAUACAUCACAUCACAUCAAGGGCAACAACGGAAUGAGUCUCUUGGAAGUCAUUUCAAUUUAUCUUUACUCAUGCAGCGGGAAUGAUUCAACACACAUCCAUCGAGAAUGGUCGGCUAUCAACUCUGUACUUUUAUUUAGCAGUCCCGUCGGAGGCGUUUAUAUCAAGGGAGUCUUACAAGGCUAUUAAGCAUAUGGAGAUCUUUCUUGCAUCUUGUUUAUCUUAGCCUGGCCUAGAUUCAUAUUAUGUCUCUAUCAUAUUGACCCCCAAACGAGAACCGAGAGGAAAAGGCAGGAUAAGAAAAAAAGGCGAAAAAAAGAAUACUGAAAAAGUGAAAUCCACCUGAGCUUGGUGGGGGUAUACAUGAUGUGCUGACAAGAGUGGGAUUCGAACCCACGCCCUUUCGGACCACGGAACUGAGAUUU